AGGCUGUGCUGAUCACACCCUCAUAGCUGCACUCUAGACAGGCUCUCAGCCCUCCCCCACCCCCAGAGGCUCUGCACUAUUUUGGGUGGUGUAGACCCCGCCCCCACUCUGACUGAGGCCUGGCUCUCCCUGAAGCUGGAGGGGUCGCCUUCAUCUCGUUUGGGGCUGCACUUGGGAUCGGGGCUACUAGUCGCAACAGCAAGUCAUGUCGGGUCGCACAGUGCCACACGCCCACCCAGCCACUGCCGAGUACGAAUUUGCCAACCCCAGCCGCCUGGGCGAGCAGCGCUUCGGAGAAGGGCUCCUGCCAGAAGAGAUCCUGACCCCUACUCUCUACCACGGCUACUAUGUUCGCCCUCGGGCCUCCAGAGCUGGGGAGGGCGCCAGGGCAGGGGCCUCAGAGCUCAGGCUCAGUGAAGGCAAGUUCCAGGCGUUUCUGGAUGUGAGCCACUUUACCCCAGAUGAGGUGACGGUGAGGACUGUGGAUAACCUGCUGGAGGUGUCUGCCCGACACCCCCAGCGUCUGGAUCGCCACGGCUUCGUGUCCCGAGAGUUCUGUCGCACCUAUGUCCUGCCUGCAGAUGUGGACCCCUGGCGGGUCCGAGCUGCUCUCUCCCAUGAUGGCAUCCUUAACUUGGAGGCGCCGCGAGGUGGCCGGCAUUUGGACACAGAAGUCAAUGAGGUCUACAUCUCCCUGCUUCCUGCGCCUCCUGACCCGGAGGAAGAGGAAGAGGUAGCCAGAGUUGAGCCCUGACUGCCAGCGAUAGACCCCAGCACCCAGUGAAUCCCCUGUCUACCUCCCGUGGUGGUUCCAUAAAUCUACCACACCCCAGAAGGAGCGGCAUCCCUGGGAGAUGGGAUAGGUGCAUGGUCCACAGCGUAUGGUUUGGUCCCUUGAUAUAUCAUAGCCUUUGAUUUAAUUCUGGGUGGGGAUGAAUAAACCAAAACCUGGGGACCUUG